AUGGACUGGGACAAGGCCAAGUUUGAGCCCCUGGGACUGUGGGUCCUUGUGCUGGCUGCCCUUGUGCUGGGAGCCUGCCAGGCAUACCCCAUCCCUGACUCAAGCCCCCUCCUCCAAUUUGGGGGCCAAGUCCGGCAGCGGUACCUGUACACAGAUGAUGCCCAGGAGACUGAGGCCCACCUGGAGAUCAGGGCUGAUGGCACCGUGGUGGGGGCUGCCCAUCAAAGCCCGGAAAGUCUCCUGGAGCUGAAAGCCUUGAAGCCUGGGGUCAUUCAAAUCUUGGGGGUCAAAACAUCCAGGUUCCUGUGCCAGAGGCCAGAUGGAGUUCUAUAUGGAUCGCUCCACUUUGACCCUGAGGCCUGCAGCUUCCGGGAGCAGCUUCUGGAGGACGGGUACAAUGUUUACCAGUCAGAAUCCCACGGCCUCCCUGUGCGCCUGCCCCCUAACUCACCAUACCGGGACCCAGUGCCGCGAGGACCAGCCCGCUUCCUCCCACUGCCAGGCCUGCCCCCAGCAGCCCUGGAGCCACCAGGGAUCCUGGUCCCUGAGCCCCCUGAUGUGGGUUCCUCCGACCCACUCAGCAUGGUGGGGCCUUUGCAGGGCCGAAGCCCCAGUUACGCUUCCUGAAGCCAUGGGCCCUUCAUUUUGGGGUCUCCUCUUAUUUAUUGGGGUAUUUAUCUUAUUUAUUUUUUUAUUUUUUUCUAUCUUGGGAUAAUAAAGAGUCUGAGAGAGGAGUAU